CCGGUACGAAUCUAUAGUGGGACGAGUCGUUUUAGGCUUCAGGGAGUUCAGCUACCAGUCUAAAAGUUCUCCUUGCCGUUGACCGGCUUAAGAAAUUAUGUGGAAAGCAACACCAAGAGGCGUGACAUCACGUAUAAGGAUAUCCAAUUUGAAUUAUUAUGGUGAAAGAUGUUUGGCACAACAACCUCAACCUCCUCAUAUUGGAAACUUAAAAGAGCCACCUGGUUCAUCUACAGGGGGACAACCAUCCAGUAAACCACCAAAGAAAGGUGGUUUUGUCAAAGCAGUAAUGGGCGUAAGCUUGGUUGGUGUAGGCGGAGCUAUAGCUUAUGCGUGGUACGAUCAGGAAUUUCGAAAGAAACUCAAAGGAAAUAUACCAUACAGUGAAGGUGUCAUAGAUGCUAUUUUUACCUACUUACCUGAUAGCCCAGCGGUUCCUGCACCAUACAUAUCAAAUACAAGUGACUCAAAAUUUCCACAACUGGGUAAGGAUUCAAAAAUUCAGGACCAGCAGCUUCUACCAAGGUUGAAAGAAAGCCCCGAGAAAAUUGGAGUAUCCCAGCCACCAUUGCCGACUCCGCCUGUUGUACCACCCAAGCCAACGAAGGAAAAACCUAAAGACAAACUGGACCAGAAGCAAAAAUUGGAAGAGGAAGCAAAGGCUCAAGAGGCUGCAAAGAAAAAAGAAGAAGAAGCUGAAGCUGAAGCAAAGAGAAAACAAGAAGAGGAGGAAGCUAGAUUCAGAGCUGCUGCAAAGAGAAAGCAGGAGGAAGAUGAAAGAGAUGCUCUGGAGAGAAAGUUGAGGGAAAAAGAAGAAGCUAGGAGGAGACAAGCGGAGAAAGAAUCCAACAUUGCUGCGGAGAAUGCCUCAUUAGAAGUGAAUCUUGAGAACAUUAUAGAAGCAUGUGAUGCUACGAUACGCAAGGCAUUGGAAGCUGAAGAUGUUCUGAUUGAAGCUACCAAACAGCACACAGAUCUCCUCAAGAUUGCUAUGUAUGAGAAUUCUAGUGUUAAGGAUGAAGAAACACAGUGGCAGUCUGUUGCAAAGGCUUUUGACAAGAGAGAAGAAGCCAUGAAAAUGGGAGAAGAGGUCAUUAAAGCUGCAAAGGAGAAUUUAGACAAGUUGCGACAGGCUAUAGAUAGUGGUAGAGAAAGUGUUAAUACAAAGCAAAAUAAAGCUCUUGCUGCCGCUAAUGAGAAGCUCACUCAACUCACAACAGCAUUUAGCCAGAAAGUUAAUGAGGUAUCUAAAGUGGAAUCAGAGUCCAGAGUUAUUUCUAAAUAUAAAGAUCUGGUUGAUAAAGCCAGGACCCAGUUUAAGAAAGAAAUGGAAAGCAUUACGCCAGAUGUUAAAAUUGGCAAAGGUCCUAAGUUAAGUGAGGAUGAAUUGAAUGCAUUGUUAGCACAUGCUCAUAGACGUGUGGAACAGCUUCAGAAACAGACAGCAGAAUUACUGGCAAUGGAAGGACAGAGAAUACAGAUGGCGUUGGCAGAGCAAAGAGAUGAAGACGAGCUAAUUACGCAAGCUAGAGUGCAGCAGGAACGUCAGAAACUGUUGGAUGAAUUUGCAGUCAUGAAAGAUAAAUGGGAGGCUGAUGCUCAGGUACAGUUUGAGAUAGAGCUACGACGUAACCUGGCACGUCAGACCGCGGCACACAGUGAACACCUGCAGGAGAUUAUCAGGCAACAAGAGGAGCGUCUGUUACGGACAUUUGAACAAGAACUUCACAUGCGUAUACUCGAGGACAGGAAAAGAUUUGAAGGAGAACUAUCAGGCCGAAUUAAUGGGAUUGAGGCGGCUAUUGCAGCACGUGCCGAGUCUGAAAUGCAAGCGAAAGAAGCCCAAGCGUUAUGGCUGGCAUGUGUUUCAUUGAAUGGUGCUCUCCGUCUUGGUAACGAAGAAGGGAAAACUUGGGAGGAACAGCUUAAACCUCUCGAAAAGGAAGUGGACAAGGUAUUCUUUGCGGCUAAGAAUAACCCAUUUGUGUGUCUUAUUCUGGAAACCAUCCCGGAAAAGGCGUUGAAACGAGGUGUUUUUACUGAGGAAAAUUUGAAAGACAGGUUUAAAAAAGUUAGUAGUGUAGCGAAAAAGGUUGCGUUAAUCGAUGAAACUGGCGGAAAGCUUUCCAAAUACUUCCUAUCUUACAUUCAGUCAAAGUUUAUAGUUUCACGAGUCUAUGCAAAGGAACAUGGAAGUAGUGUAGAUUUAGAUAACUUUGACACGUUUCAAAUUUGUAGCCAUGCUGAAUACUGGCUGGAGAGGAACGACAUCGAGCAAGCCCUGAAAUUCAUGAAUCAGCUUCAUGGGGAGUCGAGACGCGUCGCUGCCGACUGGAUAGAGGAAGCUCGACUGCUCUUAGAAACACGUCAAGCUACGUAUUCUGUAAUGGCUUUCGCAUCUUCUACUGGACUGGGAACAUUGUUUUGAGAUGUACAUUUACGUAAAUGUGAUGUUUUUUUGUAAAGAGUGAUAACUUUUAAAAAAGUUUGUAGCAAUAUGGGACAGAUAUGACACAUAUACUUCUGUGUCAAAACAAAAGAGUUGUGUAAAAUUUUGUUGUGUGUA